UCCGUUGGAAGGACCAAGUGGAGAAGGACCUGGCUUCGCUUGGAAUAUCCAAUUGGCGCCACGUUGCGAAAAGAAGAAACGACUGGCGUGCGGUUGUUAACUCGGCAUAAGCGGUGUCUACGCCAAUUAAGAAGAAGAAGCUAAGGUGGCUCCUCUAAAAAGGCUAAGUCUACCUCGACUUGAGCUCUGUGGCGCCCUACUACUCGCAAAAUUGGUUUCCUUGGUGCAGACCCACUUAAACAUGAAGAAAUACAGAUUGCAUCUCUGGUCCGAUUCUGAAAUCAUUCUAGCCUGGUUGGAAAAACCACCACACGCAUGGAAAACGUACAUUUCUAAUCGUACGUCACAAAUACUUGACCUGGUGGGGUCAGCCACUUGGCGACACGUAGCCAGUGCUGACAAUCCUGCCGAUUUAGUACAAGAGGGUGCAAGCCGCUGCACCUUGCCACCACCACCCUCUGGUGGAAUGGCCCCCGAUGGUUAACAGAAUCUCCGAUUCUUGGCCAAAAUCACCCAUGCGCAAUAUAAUUGCCCCAGAAAGUCGAAAAAUCGACUGCUUUCACGCAACAUUGGAUGAUAGUGACAUCCUUGAGCGAUUUUCAUCGUUCCCUCGCGCCCUCCGAGAUAUCGCCUACAUGCUAAAGUUCAUAGAGCGACUCAAAAAUAAAAUUAAGGGAAUUCACCCAUACUGUAGCCAAUGCGAUACAUUGACGCACCUAGAACUCCAAAAGGCAAAGGUCGCACUAAUCGCAUCCACUCAAAUGCGCUACUUCAGCCGCGACAUCUCACUAUUAAGAGAAUCAAAACCCAUUGAUAAAAGGAGUUCAGUCUUGGUUCUUAACCCAUUCUUGGACACGAAAGGUCUGCUUCGUGCGAAUGGUCGGCUUGCUAACUCAAGCCUGACGUACAACGAACGCCACCCUCUAAUUAUAGCAGAGAAAUCCCAACUUGCUACAUUACUCCUCAAUUAUAUCCACUUACUCAUGCUUCACGCUGAACAUCGCCUAAUGCAGCAUAUAGUCCGUCAAGAGUUCUAUAUUCCCAGUCUUAAGCCCCAAAUAAAGAAAUGCAUUUUCAUAAGGUCCUAAUGAAAGGCUAUGUGGCUGUUUUUGUCUGUUUUACGACAAAAGCAGUGCACCUAGAGCUGUGUACGAAUCUGACAAAGGAGGCUUUUCUCGCGGCAUUCGCUCGCUUCGUCGGACGACGCGGCUUCCCAUCAAAACUCAUGAGCGAUAAUGGUAAAACCUUCAUUGGAGCCCAAAGAGCCACUGAAAAGGAGUUUGUGGAUUUUAUCAAACAAGUCUCACCAGAGAUUGUACAAAGGUAUACUCCCCAAGGUAUUAACUGGCAAUUUAUCACCCCGAGCGCUCCUCAUAUGGGUGGUUUAUGGGAAUCAGCAGUAAAAACCUUUAAAUCACAUUUCAAAAAAGGAGCUGGAAACUACAAAUUUAAUUAUGAACUGUUCACCACACUGUUAGUGCGAAUUGAAGCCGUUCUCAAUUCACGGCCACUCACAACCCUCUCGCAAGAUCCCUCUGACUUCACAGCCCUAACACCAGGGCAUUUUCUCAAAGGAGCACCCAUUCUGGCCACACCUGAGCUAGGCGUCGGGUCGCUAUCCUUAUUAAAUCAAUGGGAGAGAAUCAAAAUUCUCCAUCACGAUUUCAGCCGCCGAUGGAAGGAAGAAUAUAUAAAGGACCUUGAUAAAAGGUACAGGUUGAAGAGUCCAGAAAAGGCGCCAAAGCUUGGAGAUUGUGUCAUCAUCCAUGAUGACUGUCUACCCCCCACCGAAUGGCGGCUUGGCCGCAUAGAAAAAUUACACUACGGUUCCGACGGUCAUGUACGAGUCGUUGAUCUGCGCACUCAAAGCGGUAUAUUAACAAGACCGCUCGUGAAACUAUGUUUUCUAUCACACAUUGACGAAACCGCAAAUAACGAAAAAACCGCUGAUACUACCGUAACGCCAAUAAAAUAACUAAAAACGCGACGUAAUAAACCCGCAAUUAAAAAACUCGUUUAAACUAAAUCGAAACCUAAUGCAAUGGUCGAUCUACGUGGCGACGCUUUCAUGCCACAAAACGUGGCACAAUCGCCAUAUACAUUUUAAUGACACCCAUUUAUAACCAUAUUACUCCUCCCACACAGAUUACAAUGGAUGUGGAUAUGCCAGCAGUGCCACCGCCAACGGUGAGGUCAGCCAUAACCGUGCCACGGCCUGGGGCAACUCCAGCGCCUCGAACUCCAGCGGCAACCGCCACUGCUAUCGCUCAUCGUAGUAGCACACGACCACUUCCACCGUCCUCAGCACCCGUAGGAGAACCUCAGCGCAGCCGAUGUCCCCUAUGUCGGCGCCCACACCGGCUACAACAUUGUAGCAUCUUCCGCAGCAUGCAGCCCAUGCAACGGCAGAAGGUUGCUCAAGCUCACGAGCACUGCCUGAAUUGCUUAGCAACGGUACACACCACCCAGGAGUGUACAUCCAUCACCCUAUGCCAACUGUGCAAUAGGCCGCACCAUACCGUGCUGCAUCGCACCCCCAAAAAGGGCCGGUCGCCCGGCAGCUUGCCCCUCCAUCGUCCAGAACAAGGCGAAAUGAAGCAUCCCCGCGGCGCCAGCAGCAUCGUUCAUCAUACCGCCGCUCCACUGGCCUUAGCAGCGUUGUAGCCACGCUGCAGCAAUUACAGCGUCUGCUAGGCUAAUAUUCGCCUAUGGGGGCCGGGAUGUCUAGAUGAGUUAGCUCUCCCCUCUAUACACCCGACACUGAACGACCACACGACAACACACCACACUAACGCGAUCCACAAAUGAAGACACCACACAUGCAGACACUCCAGAUGAAGACACCACACACUACUACACACGAAUAUACUACACAUGCGGACAUCACACCACAACUCUACACUACUCAACCAUCAAAAGCGACCGCUCCAGAGGACGACCUUCCCUCUUUUACGUCGACCAGAGCCGAGCGAACGUCUAACGCAGCGUCAUUUUUUUACAUCUACAUUCCGCACGUAUUAUUGCGUAUCUAUUUUGAAGAGGCAGUGCAGUGAAUAAAAAGAAAACAAAAAAACCCCAAUUGCGCAUUUUUUUUCCUAAUUGAAUAUUGCCGGUGAAAUAACCAGUGUUGAGUUACAAGGUGAGUGGUGUUCUAAAUCGUAGUAAGUAAACACGGCUAUUCACUUUUGUAGCUAUAUUGGUAGAGCAAAUAGAUAGGUCGACAUGCGUAAAAGAAUUAUGAAUUGAAAAAUGAGUCGGGGCACCAUCGUUCAAUUAAUCCUCUUUGGUUAGUUCGGGGGGAGCCCCAUAAUGGGGACCACGAAUUCAUAUCUCCAACCAGAAUUACGGGCUUGGGUACUGAGGAGAGAAUUUGCCGAAGUUCGGCAAGCGUGAAAUUUUGUUGUGGGGGAAUCUACAAGCAAAUAACCGUAAAUUUAAAUUCUAUGGAUAUCUGAAUGGCUAAAGAAGCUAUAUUUGAAUGGAUUUCGAGACAUUUAUGUGGAAAGUCUUUUCUUAAUAAAACCGCAAUACCUUGUUUGUUUGUUAAAUUCUGAGGUAAAUUUAAGAAGUAGCUAACAUACCUAUUUGGUACCAAAGUGUCUUUAUUUACAGCAAGAUGAGUUUCUUGUAAGGUAAUGAAGUGUGGGGAGAUUUCUUUAAUGAGAAUUUCAAGUUCAGUGUAGUUGUUGAAGAAUCCCUUUAUGUUCCAUUGAAGUAUAUUGAACAUAGAGCAAAUAGAACAAAGAAAAAUGUGUUAAAUUUCUUCAUCUUCGAAAGUUGGCAUAGUCUGAUCAUGGUCUGGGUGACUGUACUGUUGAGUAAUUGAUGGGUUGGAUUGUGAGUUGUUGAUAAAAGCAUUUGAAGUGUGGUGAGAUUGUAGUUCGCUGAUAAAUGAAUAAGCGGGGUUAGUUGUUUGAGGUGUGGAUUUAAUAGAAAAGCUGUUAGGAGUGCUGUGGGAGGAAGAAUUGGUAGAAGCAAAUGGGAGAGAUUGAGAGUUUACUGGAUUUAUUGUGUUACUUUUUCCUGGAGCAUAAUUUAGUUUUAUAGCGUAAGAAGAGGUUGAUGGAGUGUUAAAUCGUUGUUGGCGUUUAGAGUAAGAUAUGUUUGAGCAGUGUUAUUGCUCUUUACAGUGUCGGUGUGAGAGACUUCGGAAGAAGUUUUAUUUGAUUCGGAAGGUUUAUGAAUGGAAUGUGCUGUAGGAAGUUUUGAGUUGUUGUAUUUUGUUGAUUCGUUUUGUUUUACUUUUUCUGCAAAAGAAGUUGGAAGGCUGGGCACUUGUGCUUUAUGUAAUUUAAUAGCCUCACGCUUCGUACAUUUGUUCUCAGUUUUAAUUUUUAGAAUUUCUUUUGUUUGGAUGUACUUUGGACAAGUAUUUGAGUAUGAUGGGUGUUCACCAGCGCAAUUAGCGCAUAAGGUGCGUAAACAUUGUACUGAGCCGUGAGGAGAGAAAUUACAGGUUUCACAUGCAGGUUUGUUGUUACACCUUUUAAUGGUAUGCCAUAAGAGUUGACAUGAUUUACAUCUCAUUGGAUUUGGAAAAUAUGGUCUUACACGGGCUGAGCGCCACAAAAACCUCCACUUUACUAGGUAAUUCAUAUAAAUCGAAAGUAAGAGGGGUAACUCCUGUGUGAACUAAGGUAUUGUCCACCUUUUUUUUGAAUUUAUACACUCCUACUACACCUUGCUCUUUCAUGUUUUCAAUGAUUUCAUCUUCAGGGACAUGGUGCAAGUAUUGUAACUUUGGAAAAGUUAAGGUUGUCUUGAUAGCUUACUAUCACUUCACAGAUUCCAUUCAAUCGCUUUGUACUUAAAAACUUGUGUGCUAUUGUUGGAUUUUUUCUAACAACAACAAAUUACCAUCCCGUAGCUCAGAAAUGGAAAUUAUUUCUUUGCUUAUAGCUUUCAAUGCUUUAUGCACUGCAAAACACGAGUAUUUCGAUAUUGGUUUUAUUGAAUCACUUGCUGAAAUAGUAAGGAAUUUUGGAUUGUUCUGUUUAGUUUUAGGUAGUUCGGGAAAAAUUAGGGGUUUAUAUACUGUUUUUUUACGUUUGGCUUGGGGACAUUCAGCUAACAAAGCGAACCUAUUGUCCCCCAAAUUUGGUGGCCCUGGGGCCAUUGGAAAUAAUUAAAGCACAGGCACUUGUCUUGACGUUAGCACGUGUGUUGUUACAACAAGAAUAAUGCUUAGCGGGAAGCAGAAAAUUGAUGAGCACCAGAGAGAGAAUAGUCAGAAAACACGUCCAUUCGCGAUGAGUAUCAGUCGGAGACUGGAAUAGAUUUUUAACUUUGCAUACUUUCGGCAAUUGUACUGAGGCGAAUUUUUAUCUCUUUUUUAAUUUCUUUAUUUAUUGAAUAUGUACAUAUUUGAAAAUUUUCUUUAUUUAAUUGGCUAAUUCUUAUAAAAAUCAUUUUCGAGAAAAAUUUUUGUGGGCAACUAAUUUACACUAUGGGGCCAAACAAAUAAAAAUGGCCCUAAUAUCCUAACUUCAUAAACAAAUUGCACAUGUGAUCAUAUUUCUGUUAUAUUUGGUGGUGCUUUUUUAUUUAGUGUGUAUAAAUAUGUAUAUGUAUAUAACCAGUGCAAUUAGUUCAGUAGUAGGCAAAUACUUGCUCUUAAGUUCUCAAAAUUUAUAUUUUUUUUUAAUUUUGAUUCGUAUAUCUUUUAUAAUUUCAGUAGUAAGCGUUAAAAUUGUAUUUGUUUUAAUUUCCAACUGAUACAGCAACAUUUUAACCCAUCGAUUCUGUACUGUGAUAUAGUCACAAGUCUCUAAAAUUGAGAUUUUGAAUUAGGGAGAAUUUUCGUGAAUUGAGACGAUUUUGCAAAUUAGUACGUGACGGUCACAAAAAUCUCUCAAUUUGAAGCGAACAGAUCUAAUCAGAGAUGUAUUUACAAAUGAAUGCAAAUAAAAAUGACGAUAACAAAUAUUAAAUUUUCUAUAACAUAGUCAAAAAGCAUAAUUACCAAUUAAAAUGAAUAUAAGUCUUGAUUUUGCUUCAGAAUUUAUACGAAAUAUAUAUGAAAUUAAUUUAUUUUUAACUUUAUCGUGUUAGAGUUGCUGCUAACUUUCAGGUCACAAAUUUGGGGCAAUAUUUACUGUUUACGCACUGCCUAGACAAUGAACCUAAAAAUCUUAAACACAGUAAUUUGAAAAACCUUAAAGAAUGUGAACUUAAAACCGUUUUGCUAUCCAAACAUAGAACUCGUAACCGACUCGGACUCGUUAGUCUACUGAUAAAUUUUUUAAAAUAAAAUGAUCGUAAAAUCCGUUGUUUACUUCAAACAAGCAGGCAGAACCGGUCUAAACCGGAUAAAUUCCUGAUCGUAUGAAAAUUAGAGAUAAUGGAAUAUAAUGAAAUUUUAUGUAUUGUAAAAUUUAAAGCCGCAGGUUACAGAAUAUCUGCGAGUGAUAGAAAAAUUCUGUUUUCAGAUUUGACUUCAGGGUAUCAAACUGCAUUAGAAACACCUAAGAAUUUUCAUGACACAAAUUAUGUGUCUACCAGUGUAAUUAUUGCUUUGUGUUUAUAUUUUUAAACAUAUUGUUGAGUGCAUUGAUACAAACGGUAAUACCAUGUUCAGACCGACACUUAAUCACACGAUUUUGGCUGUUGAGUGGUUUAUCCUACUAGUCCUAUAAUGAAAUGAAAAUGAAAACAAUAAAUUUUUUUUUAAAGCAAUGAAACUAAUUUCACUUGAAAAUCGACUUAACAAAUGAAAAAAUGCGUACAUUAUUUCCAUUAUAUGGAGAAUAUUUAAAAGAAGACGGCUUUUAUUUCAAAAUACUAAAUGUCAAUCUUUUGUUUUGAUAAAUAUUAAGCGAGGUGAUUUCUUGCUUGACAAAAACAGCUGUUUUUUUCACCUUUCCAACGUGCUGAUUAGUGAAUGUAAUUAAAUGUAAUCUAAUCCCUUUAAAUUUUCGGUCUGAACAUGGUAUAAGUCUUAAAUUGUUCAUGUUGUAAUGUAAUUUUCUUUUUUUUUAGCGAGCCGUCGGUGUUUCAUAUCGUUUACAAUUAAAAUUAAAUUAUUUAUUUAUUAGUGUUGAACAGUUAAAGUCAAAUACAUCAUACAUGUACAUAUGCAUGUUUAUAUUAAAAAAAGAUGAAUGUAAUGCUGCCAUGGAUAUGGAUAUUGAAAUCCAAAAAAAGGGCAUAUGCCGGUGAUGCCUUCGGCCACGCUUCAAAAUCAUAAUCGCGGUUGGUUCAACUUAGGAGUGGUUUCGUUAUUUUUUCCUUUUGCGUUGGCGGUUUUACACGUUGAACUCCUUUUUACGUUGGCGGACUUCGGACGCUCUGCACAAAUAAAAAUAACCCUGGUCAGAACAACACCUGGACGACUUCAGUUCUUUCGCGUUCAACUCCUUUUUGCGUUUGCGUUUUGUGGUUCAAAAAAAAAAAUAACCAUGGCCGAUACAACACCGGGAUUUAUCAAGAUAAAGUAAAUUUUGAAAUAUUUUACGUUACUCGUUACACCAUAAUGAAUUUUUUUAUUGACGGUAUACUCUUUCUUUUUUAAUUAUUUUUAUUAGAUUACAAAACAUGGGAAAACUUAUUUUUUACUUGCUUGCAACCAUUUUCUUAUUGUAUGAAUAAAUGGUUUUCAAGUAAAAUUUUAUAUGAAAUUAAAGUUAUUUUUACACUAUUUAAUAUAAAAUAAAUGGGUAGAAGAGAAUUAGUGAAGUAUUAGUGGAUGUAAAAGUUAAAAAUAUAAGUGUUAAAAUCGGAGACACAAAUUUUAAAUAGUCGAUUUUUUUAACUUUAAAUGCAAUGAUCUCAAAACCAUAAGUCAGCGGCAACUAUGUGUAUAUAUUUUAACCAAAUUACAAAUUUACAAAUUUUUAGAUUCAUAGGGGUUUCAUUACAAAUUGCAAAUUUAUUUCUUUGGAUGUAGUUGCCUAUGAAAGUGAAGGCGACUCUAAUCUUAAAUGAAGUUCUAUGUUUAGUACCAGCAUUCUGAAUUACCCAUGUCUUAAUAUGAAGUAAUGCCACAAAAUAAUAAAAUAUUAAUGUCGUCACUAUAAGUUUGAAAAGGUUCACUACUUUUAAAGGAACUGAAAUCAACACUAUGUUUUGAUUAUUUUACAUGCAUGUGUAUAUAAAGGGUGAUUUUUUAAGAGCUUGAUAACUUUUUAAAAAAAAAAACGCAUAAAAUUUGCAAAAUCUCAUCGGUUCUUUAUUUGAAACGUUAGAUUGGUUCAUGACAUUUACUUUUUGAAGAUAAUUUCAUUUAAAUGUUGACCGCGGCUGCGUCUUAGGUGGUCCAUUCGGAAAGUCCAAUUUUGGGCAACUUUUUCGAGCAUUUCGGCCGGAAUAGCCCGAAUUUCUUCGGAAAUGUUGUCUUCCAAAGCUGGAAUAGUUGCUGGCUUAUUUCUGUAGACUUUAGACUUGACGUAGCCCCACAAAAAAUAGUCUAAAGG